UUGCCUUCUGAAUCUAUCACUUCCUGUGUGUUGGAAUAACCGAAGAUGCUUCUGCUGUUGCAUUUAAUGGACAUGUAGCCUGUGCAAAUAGUGAUACUUCUUUUUUUCAGUUGCAGAAACUGCUGACGGACCUUCCCCAUGACAUGCUGGAAGACAGCGGGGAUCGCCUCUCCAACUUCUCCAACUGUAGCGCACCCGGGGAGCAUGAUCAAGUAUGUGAACCCUGGGAUCAGGAGGCCAGGUGGAACGAUCAUCCAGUUACAGCCAAGCCACAAAAUGGUCCAAACUUGUAUGCUGAACGUUUCCUGUACGAUCAAAGCGACCAUCAAGGCGAAGUGCAUCCCACUGAGUGGCCAGUCCAUUGCACUGGGGACGAGGAAAGAAACAUGUACGAGAUCUCCGGCAGGGCUAGUGACGAUGGGUCGGAUGAUGGGUUUGUUGGAAGAGACAGCUGUCGAGCCCCAAACCGCUACCCCCAGGACAACGCAUACCAUCUUCCAGAAAACUUUAGACCACCGUACACGAAUGGCCACCAGCAGGAAUUCAGUAACCAGCACAAAACAGCAAACUUUGGAGAUAUCAAGUUCAGCACUUCUGAGCCCCCUAACAGCCAGUCUGCGGAGACUUACAAAGUGAUAUAUAAACCCUACCAGAAUAACAUCCAGAGGCCGGUCGCUGUUUCUCCAGAUGCCGCGAGAAGAAAUGAGGCAUUUGAAGACUUGCAGCAGGAAUUUCUGGGGACUGGAGAGAACGCUCCAGACAAUGUGCAGAUUCUCCAGCUUCAGGUCCUCAACAAGGCGAGAGAGCGGCAGCUGGAGGAACUUCGCAAACAACUGGAAGAGAGAGCACAGCAGAUUAGGUAUCUGUCCCAUCAGCUUUCCAUUGUCAAAGACGAAAAGGAUGGCAUGUGCCUUAGUCUCCAGGAAAGUCAACAACUUCAUCAAAACAGCAAAGAAAAGGAAGUCCAGCUUGAAGCCCAAAUAAAAGCUCUUGAAGCACAGAUCCAAACUCUAGCUGCCAAUGAGGAGAAGCUCAUCAAACAAGCCAAGGUAGCAGAGACUGCCAUGGAAAGCGCGCAGCAGCAUCUCCUGGAACUCCGGCGCUCCGAUGCUCUUCAGCGCGCCAGAGAACAGCAUGAGGGGAUUGUCGCUGCCCUGAAGCAGAAGUACGAAGAGCAGGUCUUGUCGUUGCAGGGGAAACUGGAUGCCAGGGCCACAGAGCUGCAAGAGCAGACAGAACUCUGCUGUCAUCUAAGAGCACACCUGAAACAGCUUGAAAGAAACCUAGAAGAAAGCAAGUUAGAAAAAAAUGCAAUAAUCAACCAGCUCUCAAGAAGCCUAGAAGAAAGCCAAAACCAGUGUGCAAACCUACUGCAAACAGGUUUGGUGCAAGAGACAAAUCAGCUGCGGCUGCAGCUUCAGCAAGCCCAGUCAGCUCAGCUGAUUUGCAGUGAAAUGAACAAGGCUCUGCAGGAAGAACUGAAGGACCUAAAAGAAGAAAUAGUUUUGUACGAAUCCGCUGCAAAACAUGGCGUAUAUCUCAGUGACCCAGGAGGAAAAUUAAACGUAGACAUGACUGACUCUUAUGUGGAUUUGGGUAUUAAGAAGGUCAAUAACAAAACCAGACUUCACAGCAAUGCACAGAAUAAAGAAACGGAGAAAGAACUCUGUAAAGAUGAGCUCAUCUUGGAGCUGAAGGCAGAAAUGGAACGUUUACUGAAUGGGAACAAAACAAAGAGGGACCGGGUUUCUCAACUGCAGAAUAAUCUCAAAGAGUGCCAGAAGACCAUAGAAGAGCUGAAGCAGCUGGUCAAAACAAACGGCCAAGAGACAAAAGGAAGAAAUAUAGAAAGUCCAUCGAAUGUCUUGCAGUCUCAUAUACGUGCUAAUGAGAAUAAUCUUGAAGAAGAAAUUGUGAGGCUCCAAAAGGAAAUCCAAGUUUCACAGCAAGAGAUGGAGAGCCGGCGUGCACGCAUCCAAGAACUCGAAGAAAACGAGGAGAAACUGAAAAAAGUCAACCAGGAACUUUGUAGUCAAAUGAGGCAGAUGGUUCAGGACUUUGAUCGGGACAAACAAGUAAUUGACAGGUACGAGAGAACCUAUCGGCAGCAUUAUGAAGACGUAAAGAAGAAGUAUUGUGAAGAGCUCACGCAAGCGCAUUCUGUAGAGAAAGAAGAACUCACCCGGGCUUAUGACGAGAACAUUGCGCAGUUAAAGGCUGAAAUUGACGAGCUGAACAAAGAGAUACUGACGGUCAAGGAAUGUUACAUCUCAGUCUGCAGAGAGAAAGAUGAUCAGGAGGCUACCCUGAAGGGAACGUUUGAACAAGAGCAACAGCUGAAGGAAGAGAGUAUCAAGAAACAACUGCUGGAGGAAAAAGAAAAAUCCUUGAACGUCUUGAAGUCUGAGCUAGAAGAAGCGCACAAGAAUUCCCUCCUGGCGGCCAAGGCCCAGUGGCAGGAAGAGAAAGAAACUGACGUCAAGCGACGUGUUGAGAAUGAAGUAGAAAGAGCCAAAGCAAGUUGGGAAACAGAACGGAAAGAGACCGUAGGCCAAGCUAUUCGGAAAGUUGAAGAAGAAUGGCAGCGUAGACUGGACCAAGCGGUGGAAGGAAGCAAGAGAGCCGUCGUGGAACUCAAAGACUGCUGCAGCCAAACCCAGCCGGUGACCAUCAUGGACGAAACACUGAGCCAGCUGUUGGCAAGGGAAGUUGAGAAGCAAACGCUGUCUUUGCAGGAGGUGCUGAAAGAAAAGGAGAAGGCCUUAAGACAGCAUGAAAUAAGUCUGGAAAUGAGACGCCCUGAGCACAUUGCCCGCCAGGUGGAGCUGGCCCUGACCAAGGCUCGUGCCAGGUGGCUGCAGGAACUGACCGAGCUGGAGGAGUACAGAACUCAUCUGAAAGCCGCUCAGGAAAAAUGGGAGAAGGACCACGAAGUCAACACGGCCAAACAGGUAUCUCUGGCUGUUUCAGCAGCGGAAGAGAAAUGGAAGAAGGAACUUGAGAAUAGUGACCAAAGCAGAAUGAGGACUAAGGAGCUGGAAGAGAAGAUCCUUUCCUUCAAACGAGAGCUGGAGCUCAAGAAAGAGGAAAUCCCCGCUAUUGUGAAAGCCGAACUGGCCAGAGCUCGGACCCUGUGGAACAAGGAGAAGCAAGAGGAAGUCCUUGCGAUCCAGGAACAAAACGAGAAAGACUAUCACGCCUUCCUGCACGACCACAGGAAUAAAAUCAGCGAGUUGCUGGUCAAGGCCAAAGAGGACUUCGCAAAGCAGAGGGAGGAGCUGCUGGAGCAAAAAGAGGCGGAGCUAAAGGCGUGCGUGGAGAGGAAGCAGCAAGAAUGGGCCGUUCAGGAAGCGAAGAGGAUCCAAAACGAAGUCAGUCAGUAUGAAGACAGGACUCUGGUCCUGGUGGAGCUCUUGGUGGACGAAAUGCACGAGGAUUUGGUUCGAUGCGCGGGGGAUGUGUCCGCCUGGCAAGCCAAGUGGGGAACGGCUCCCUGUGUUCAAGUCCACCUCCAGUUCAAAGACAGACUGACGCUGUGUCUGCAAAAGGCGUACACCAGGGCGGUCUAUGCUGUCCUAGAAAAAGCCAAACAAAAGGUGAGAAAGGCACCUGAGGAUCCAGACUGGGGUUUUCAAGAUCCAGCGCGCCCUGGCUUACAGAACAGCGAAGGAGAGACAGGAGACAAAGCAAGAGGAGCCGCGUAUGACGUGGGAGAGCCAGCAGAGUUCCAAAGAAGAUGGAGGAAGCCACCAUCUCUUCAGGAGACUGAAACGGACAAGGCCCCGUUGCUUCUGUCUCAUUGGUCUGUGGCAGAUUCGAAGCGCCCCUUGUCCCAGGAAGACCUUUGCGGCAAACGCUGCCUUCAGCAGCUCGAAAGAAAGGAAUGGGAAUGUCAGGAUUUGAGGAAGAAGCUCGACAAAGUGUGCAGGCAUCUCCAGCUGGCAGUGAAAGAGCACCAAGAAAAAUCGGAACAAUGGCAAGAAAACGAAAAAAGGGUGCAGGCAUUAACUGCGGAAAAUGUGGCGAUGAAGAGCCGACUGGAAGAUAGCAGCAUCCAAGCAAGAUCGUUGUCCGAGGGGUGUGUUCCAAAACCUUGCCCUUCCUGUGAUGGAAAAGCCUUGGAAGAAAUGCGUUCCCAAUAUAUUAAAGCUGUGGGCAAAAUUAAGAGCGACAUGCUUCGUUAUAUCCAGGAAAGUAAGGAGAGAGCAGCGGACAUUAUUAAAGCCGAAGUGCUGAGGGAGCGUCAGGAGACUGCCCGGAAGAUGCGCAAAUAUUACCUGAUUUGUCUUCAGCAACUUCUGACGGAUGAUGGAAAGACCGAAGGGGCCGAGAAGAAAAUAAUCUGCGCGGCUGGCAAACUGGCAACCAUGGCCAAAAUCCUCGAAACGCCGGUGCGUAACUCAUGGCAGAGCACAGCCGCCCACUCAGCCCUGCCCCAGAAUUCCAAGCCAUUUGCUGGGGUCGAGGAUCCUAAAGGAAAUCACGCGCAGCAUCCUAAGCAAACCUCUUCUGAAAAUCCGGUUGGGGGCAGAGGUGUGGCCAAAAAGACCAACCAGCCGGGGACUCAGAAACGUAUACCUUGUAGUUUAAGGCAGCGGCUGGAUGCUGAAAGUCCAUCUCUGUCUUCCAACACUCUGGCGAGUGGGAAUACGUUAAAACAACUGGACAAUGUUUUGGUAGAUGCUCUAACCUCACCGAUGGCUUCCAAUGCAGACAGGAAUGCCGAACAAGGCCUGCCUCCUUCUGUUGACGCCGCAGCCUUCCAGACUCGUUCCCCUCACAUUUCUCAGACCAAAUUCCAAAAUGCGACUCCGGCCACCUGUGCCAACUCUGGGGGAGCUCGAGGAAUGCCUCAGAGCCAAAAUGAAAGGUCGACCUUGAAAGAAUUCGGAUGCCUCCAACCCAGUAGCCAUCCGGAGGCAGCUCCUAGAAAAUCUAAAGACUAUCAUGUUCAGGAAGCGCCAGUGAAGGAUGACGGAGGCUCCGUUGAUGGUAGCCUGGUCAGUGAGCCUCUGUUCUUGGAACGCAACCACAGGCCUUUGGGUGCUGCUCAAAGAGCACAUCCCAGCCCCCAAGCAGAAUUCUGCCAAUGGUUCCCCACACCAAACCCCUUUUCUGAUGUCCAGGAAGGCGCUUCUGGUUUCUACCGACAAGGCAGCAGUCAAAGAGGCAGGGUUCUUGUGACUACAAGCCAAACCUCGAGGCGCCACGAAGAUCUCCUCAAGGUGAACCCAGGUCACACGCCAGAUGAGAAUCCGGACCAGCUGAGUUCUCCUGGUGCCCAGCAAAGCAGUGCGGAGUUGUGUUCAGUGGUGGGGAAAAGCUACAGUGCGCUGCAUUCGAAGAAACGGAUACGUGAUGUGAUGGAUUUUCAGCAAGACAGUGGUUUUGACAGCCCCCAAAUCAACUUUGAUUAACACUGGGGGUCUUGGAACACUCUCCUAAAAGAGACGCUUUAAAUAUAUUUAUAAGAAAGUCGUGGGAAAAGGAGCCAAUUGUGCCACAAACCUCUGAGGUGCCUUUUUAUGUGUUUUUUUUUUAAACUUCCUAAUUUGACUUCUGUGAACAAACCAACCCCAAAUAUUUAUUCAGGUUUUGGAUAUGUCUCCGCUGUGUGGCUUAACUCUGUAUAAACUGUCUUUUUAUAUAAAUGUUUGUGCGUCUCUUUGUGAGAAACGAUCUAUUUUUAUACCUCGAGAUUAGCGUGCCGUGCAAUGCAACCUUUUUUUAUUGUUUAUGCAGAAAUAAAACUGACUUCGUUGUCCUCCGUGUA